AUGCUCUGGAUGGCAGAAAGGGAUCGGCUCUGCAGGACCAGCACCGCAUCUCCAGUGUCAGCUCCUAUUUCAAGCCUCUCGGAGCAGCUGCCUUUUCCCUGGGCCCAGCCGCUGUGCGCAUGGGACGGGUGCCAGCAUGGCCCCUUUCUUCUGGGGCCUCUGGGGGCUCUUCUUGCUGACGCAUCCUCUGCCAGGUACAGGCGCGUAGCAGGGAGGGGAGUCAAGGGUCUGUGUGUGGGCAUGCAAGUGGGCUCCUGCAUUUGGCCGUGGCUAGUGACCCCUGUCCCCUUUCUUCCAGCAGGGGCAGCGGGGGAGCCAAGCAGAAACCUGCGACAGGGUUUGGCAGGGCUAUUGGCACCUCCCGGAGAGCAGCGCCAAGGGGGCUCUAUUUCUCCCGAGCCCAGCCCAGGCUCGGCACAUCAGCAGCACAUGCAACCCCUUCUCCUCAGCCUGGAGUCCCUGUGGGGCAGGCAGCCUCCCUCUCCCCAGGCCCAGAGCCCUGAAUCCCGCCUGUCCAGCUUCCUCCGCAACAUCUCUCUGUACUUCCAGGGCGAGGAGGAGCAGGAAGCCCCGGAGUCCUGGGAGAGCCUCCUGCUGCCACUGCUGCUGCCACCACCCAACGCCGAGAAGCCGCUCUCACCAGCAGCCUCUGGACGCUGGCUCCUCCAGGACAUCCUCUUUUCCUGGCAGCGAGGCAGCUGGCAUUGGGAUGGGUGGCUGAGCUUUGCCCAGGACUUGCUGAGCCUCCUCCUCAGUUGGGCCCAGGACCCCCCUCAGCACCUCCAUGGGCAGCAGGGCUGGGAGGUUCUCAGCAGCCUGAUGGAAGCCCUGGGCCAGGCCGUCCUCUCUGGGUUGCUUGGCUCACAGGGGUCCCUUUGCCCCCCAACAGGGCAGAGUGGGUGCCAAGCAAAUGCCAGUUGGCUGGGGCAAUUACUCUGGCUCUUUGAGGGCACUGGCUGGACAGCCUUCCUGCACAUUCACCCAGCAGGCUUCGCCCCCACUGAUGGCCAGCUGAAGCCCCUUGGCCUGGUGCCCGCGACCCCCCGAGAGAUGCCCCCUGGCAAUCGCAGUGAACCCAGCCUCCUAAAGACCCUGUACCGGACAGAGCAGCCAGGCACAGGCGGGAAAGUGCAGGAAUCGGCAGGAGACUCCGAGGGCAACAUCUUGUGGGAGACGCUGGAGGAGCUGAGGCAGACACUGUGGCAAAAGGCAGGCCCCACCCUCGUCACCAGCUUCCGGAGGAGGGUCUUGUAUGUGACAGGCCUUCUGGCAGUUGAGGCUUCAGAGGCAGUGGGGAUCCCCCAGCCUGACCCAGAUGGGAAGUGCUCCGUAGGUAGGUGGGUGGGUGAAUGAGUGGGGCUUCAAGCCAUGGUGGGGAGGGCACAAGGGGAGGGAGAGAUGGGCAAGGCCUCCUAAGGGGCCACAACCCUAACUACUCCUCUUCUCUGUCCCUAGGAAGCCUGCAGCAGCUGCUGCUGUGGUAAGUGGUUGUGGGGACAGCUUCUGAAUACCAGCUGCUGGAAGCCGCAGGAGGGGGAGAGUGUUGCUUUUGUGUUUGAAUCCUGCUUACUGGUUUCCCACAGGCAUCUGGUUGGCCAUUGUGAGAGCAGGAUGUUGGAUCUUUGUCCUGAUGCAACAGGCCCUUCUUAAAUGUCCUGGAAGGGGGUGACCAGCCUCCUUUCCCUGCGCUGGGUGGUGGUGAUGCUGUUCUUGUUGUUACUCUUGGGCUGAGUUUCGUCGUUCCUUGGGCAAAAGGUGGCAAGGCCAUGGGGUAUGACAUGGCAUGGAGUGACAUUCAGAAGGGGUGGUAGUGCUGCCAGGCCGUGACCUGGGCAGAGGGCCAUUUGUGGCAGGACCCUGGGGGCAUGUUUAGGGAAGUUUUUUAAGAUUUAAUGCUGUAUUGUUUUUAACACUCAAUUGGGAGAUCCUUCGGAUCUUGAAAUAUGGGUCCCCUCAACAAAAUUUAAAAUUUGGCUUUGUAAUUCGGAAUUUAUGUGAUGUGAUUUAAUUUGAUUUGAUUGGCCGGUUAAUAAAAAUUAUUUUUUAAAAAAGAAAUAGUAAAUUAUUAUUAUUAUUAUUAUUAUUAUUGCUGCUGGCUUGCCCUGCUGGUCCCUGCUGAGUGACCUCUGGUAUGGCACUGAGUCAUCUUGUGCCUGGUAAGUGGGGGACCCUUUUCUUCUCUGCUGUUCGCAGGGGAAUCAGACACAACAUCAGCUGGGACACCCUGCGUGUGGACUUGGCCUCCAGAGCCUCCUUCCCAUGGCCUCCCGCGGUGCCCAGUUGCUUGCUGCCUGCUGGGGGAGGGCACAGGGUGAGCGAGACCCUCCCUCCAGCCCCCCGGAGAGCAUUUCCUGAGCCCCCCUCCCAGGCAGAAGUCCUGGAGGCCGCCUGCAACGAGAGCAUCCCCGGCUUGCCAGGAAUCUCCAACUUCACCAUCUACUUGUAUUGCACCCUCUUCAAUGGCUCCAAAGAGCCCCACCGGCCCCCGCCGGACCUGGAGGCCUUGUGUUCCAGCACCACCUGGUACUUCUCCUCCAUCGAGGGUGACCCGGUCUGGAUACGAGCUUGCAAGGAGUACUUCCCCCAGCAGUUCAACAGCACAGUGUGUGGCAAUGCCUCUGUCCUCUUGCACCUUGGGCCGCACCAGGAGCUGGUGGAGGAGCUCUGUGCCAACCUCUCCAUGCCCUUCCGGCCCAGCCGUUGCUCAGAGGCUCUGAGCAGGCCUCUGCUGGGCCAGGAGGACUUCUGGACCUGCCUCUCCCUGGAGAACCAGACUCUCUGGACCCAAAACCUCUGCAGCAGCAGCAGCCUGCGGGAAGUCUCUGAUGCCGCAAGGCAGUGGCUGGGCACCCUCUGCCACAGCCCGCUGGCCCAAGGGGCUGGGCUGAAUGCCUCUCUGCGCCAGAGCAUGGAAGCAGCAGGGUGUGGCGCCAGGGCCUGGAGCCCCCAAGCGCUGCAUAACACCAGCUUCCUAGCUCAGUGUGGGGAUGCCCACCUGCAGAGCUUCCAGGAGCUUGUGUGCAGCAACAAGUCCCUACUGGAAGCCCUGCAGCUGGCCCACCCCUGGGUGCGGGUUCACUGCUUGGCUGUUGAGCAGGAUAGGAGCUGCUCCCUCCCGUGGCUCCCAGGGGUGCUGCCACUGCCCCCGCAGCUCUGCCAGGAUGCGCCGGCCUUCCUGACAGCACUGGUAUCCCAGUUGGCCUGGUGCAAAGAGCCCCCCCACUCCUCUUCCCAGUGGGCUCCCAGUGCUGGCUACCUGCUGCGGCUGCUGGACUUCCUGCUGGCUUCUCCUGCCCUUGGCGAAGUGGGGCAAGAGGGAGCCAGGCAGCAGCUGGGCCAGGCUCUCCUGCUCUCCAGCCUCCUGCACAACAGCUCCUUUGGGACUUCUCUCCAAGCCAACUUCUCCCUGAGCAUCCUGGAGGAUGUGAGCCAGUUCCUGCAGGAAGGCGAGCUGGAUCCGGCCACCAAGGAAGACCUGCUUAACUGCUUUGGGGUGGGUGAUGCUCUGGGGACAGGAGGAGGGUAGGGGAGGCUACUGCCCAUAGCCACAUGGGAAUGCCUGAUAGGAUUGUGUCCCCGCCCUAGGGGGACACACAGGGGAAACCCAAAAAGGGGGUCUGCCCUCUGGGCUGCAUGAACGGAUUUAAACAUGAGGAGAGGAUAUAUUGUUUAGUUAUUACCAUUCAUUGCUCAUGUGAGUCAGAUCACGGGUUCAGUCCCUUCCUCUUCCAGGAGAGUUUCACAGAAUCAUAGAAUUGUAAAAAAUCUGAAGGGUCACCUAGCCCAACCCCCUGCAAAAUAAUCAAGAAAUACUAAAAUGUAAUUCCCCAUUGAGGGAACAUUUAGUGGACCACAUACAAUUACUGCAAACUAUAUAAAGCACUCUGCUCCUUCUCUGUUCAGCAUACAAUGGAAAACAAGGUUUAACGCUUUUCUCCAUGGUGCAUCUUACACACUUACAGCCACCUGUCUCACUCUCACCUACCAACCUAGAUGGCUUUAAAAGAGCAUUAGACCAAAUCAUGGGAGGAGAGGCCUGUCGAUGGCUACUGGCCACGAGGACUAAGGCGAUAAUGCUUCUGAAUCCCAGUUUCUGGAAACUGCAGGAAGAGAGAGGGCUCUUGCGCUCAGGUCCAGCUUGUGGGUUUCCCCUUGGGGCAUCUGGGUGGCUACUGUGAGAAUAGGAUGCUGGCCUAGAGAAACCCCUUUUGGUCUGAUCCAGCAGGGUCUUCUUAUGUUCUUCUCUCUCCUCCUUGCAGCCUUUGCUCUGGAAUCUGCUGGAGAGGGAAGAGAACAUCUCAGCUCUGGAGUUCUUCAUGCAGGUACCUUCCCUCCAUCCCAGUCUCCAGUCCUGUUGGUCCUGAAGCCACUUGACUCCUUCCUUGGCCCAAUACUGGUCCCUGGAGCAAAGCUGCACCUCUCCUCCUCCUCUUCCUCCUCCAACCCCAAGGUUGACCUCUCCCCCUUUCCCCUCCUUCCUGUCCAAGGCUCCUCCCUGCACCAUCUUUCAGGCUCCCUUGCAGCAGCUCCAGUGGGACAGGGAAGGGAGUGGUGCUGCUGUUGCUGCCUUGCCUCCUCCUCUCCCUCCCACUUUUCCAGGAAUACCUGCAGAUGCCCCAUAAGGUUGUCCAGAGGCUGCUGUGGUCAGCGGAAGGUGAGACCAUCCAGAGGUUCCUGGCCCUGCUGCACCGCUCCUGGGAUCACCUGCAGAUGAAGGUAGGUCUGUGGCAGAAGGGCUGGACUUGAUCUGGGAUGCAGCACCUGUGCACCUGUGAAGCCUUGACAUGCCCACCAGGCUCCAUAUGGAAAGGGGGGUAUUUGUUUAAUGUAGGUGCUGGUUGGCAGCUCCAGACCUCAGCGCCUGGAGAGUCCCAGGUGGAGGACAGCUGCCCUGUGAACCCCUCCAAGGGGACUCCCUUUCCCUCUGCUUCCCUCCACCAGGUGCCUCCAUGGGACGAGCGGGCAGUGGAGUCACUGGCUGCCCAGCUCCUGAGCAAGUUCCCUCAGCCAACCCCGCAACUCUUCCUUCACCUCUCUCACUUUGUGCCUUUCAUGGCUGCCUCGGACAUCCUUCGCUUGCCAUCCGCCUUGCUGGCCAACGAUAGCGUGUGAGUGGUCCCCCAGGCACUUGCAUGGCUUGGCCCAAGCCUUCCUGGGGCAUCUUUCCCCAAGCCACCUCCAGAGCCCUCAGGUCCUCCCUGCCCAGUUGAACCCCUCUGAGUUUAGCCCCAGGUCCUAAUUAAAGUGGGGUUAGUCCCCAAACCCACUUUCAGUCUUGUGGCAGGAAACCUUCAGGAAAGAUGGUGCCUGAGCAUUUAUUUAUUAAAAUUGUCAGUCGCUUUAUCAUGCCCAGGGCAACCCAAAGUGACUUACUAUCCAGCAAAUGGACAAUAAAUCCCACAUAGAUACAUUAAAACCAAGAGGAAAGAGAAAUACGUUAGAAACAUCCCACCUACUUCUAAAAGGUCACAGAGAGCUCAAGGCCAAAUGCCUGGUUAUAGAGGAAAGUUUUUGCCUGGUGCCUAAAGAUAAAUAAUGAUGGUGCUAGGCGAGCCUUCCUGGGGAGAGCAUUCCACAAACAGGGAGCCACUGCAGGAAAGGCCUGUUCUCAUGUUGCUACCCUCUGGACCUCUUGUGGAGGGGUGGUCAGAAUAGAAUGUCCUUUCUGUCACUUCUGAGUAGCCACAACCAGCCCCUCUUACUGCAAGGAGGGUCCAGGCCCUCUCAUUUCACCUGCUUAUGUUGGUCUUCCUAGGCUGUGCCCAUCCCCCUGGCCUCGGGCCAGGUAGUCCUUCACUCAGCAUGCUGUCUGUGUGCCUGUAGUUUUCUCAGGUGGGGGUGGAGGAACUUCUCUUUCUAACGUGGCCUCUUUCUUCCCCUCUCCAACCCUCAGCUUGGCCAUCAUUAGCAGCCAAAGUGCCCGGAUGACACUGGCGCAAAAGCGAGCCCUAGUGCAGCGCCUCCUGCAGGCCGAGCACCUCCUGGGCAAAGUCCCUUCCUGGCCCCCGGAGUUCCUUCACAUCCUCCAGCCUCUCCUUCCUCACCUGCCGCUUGGCCACUUCCUUCAGCUAACACCACAGCAGGUGGGAGCAGGGUGCAGAGGCUGAGAGCAGCCGGGGUGGGUGUCCUGGGCACCUCCUUCAGUUGCACCUGGAAAGCUGGGCAAGCUCUCUGCUGCCUCGGUGGGGAUAAACCCUUUGUGAGAAGGUGCAGUCCCUGCCUCCAGCCCCCUCCCUACAGGACUGGAAGCUGGUGGUGCACCCUCUGGAACCCCGGAGGGGGAGGUUGAGCAUGCCCGAGAGUACCCACUUAUGCCAGGGAUGGUGCUUCCAUAAAAUAAUAGAAUUGUAGAGUUAGAAGGUUGGUCAUGUUGUCCAACCCCUGCAAUGCAGGAAUCACAGCUAAAGAAUCCAUGCCAAAUGGCCAUCUGACCUCUGCUUUAAAACCUCCACGGAAGGAGAGUCCACCACCUUCCAAGGCAGUCCAUUCCACUGUCAAACAAGGCUUAAAUGUUGGUGUGUCCCUCCAGAUCCAGAGCUUGGUGAAUGGCUGGCAGGAGGCUGAGCUGGGCCUGGCUCAAGGGCGCCAUGUAGCACGUAGUUUGCUCAACAGGAGCCAUGAGAGCACCGAGGAGCAGAUGUGCAGGUGAGUGGUGGGGAGGCAGGCUUGGGAGCAAACUGACCUGGGUGAUUUUGUGUCCCAGGGUAUCCCACUUAUUGCUGGGUGCAGCUGUUCAAGGCAGGAGUUCACAGGGGAAGAGAUUUCCUCCCAAGGCAGCACUCCACAUGGGUUUGGGUCCAAGGGAGAGCAAGGCAUGCUGCGUUCAAGAGACAAGCCAAAGGUGACCCCGGGGACAUAAUGGUUGCUAGACCAGACAGGAGUUAUGUCCCCAAAGUAUUUCCUGGCAAAGAUGCGUCAUGGCAGCAGGAGUUGAGGAACCCCAGAUGGAAGGAUAUUUGUCCACAUGGUUCUCUUUCAAAGUCUGUGGACACAUGGAGUGUACAGAACAUGUGAACUUCAGAAGGGCCCUGCAGCAGCAGCAGCUGGGUCAGGCUGAAGGGGUCCAUCUGGUCCAGCAUCCUAUUCUCACAGUGGCCAGCCAGAUGCCCCAGUGGGAAGCCCAAAAGCAGGAGCUGAUGGCAGCAGGAACUCUCCCCAACUUGAUUCCUAUGAUCUGGACCUUUCUUAAAAGAGCAAAAGUUCUUCAGAGGGGGAGGAGCAUCACCUUUUGCGUAUCUGGAGCAAAAACCGACCAGAAGCAUCAGAGUUUGUGGUCUAGAACAGCAGGCAGGCCUACAUGGGGUGUGGCUAGCACCAAGUGAGCAAGUCCCAACAGCCCCCUUAUGCCUGUGCCCCCUCCCCCACCCUCACAGGCUCGGGGCUCUCACCUGCUUCCUCAGCAUCGGGGACUUGCGUCUGAUCUCCCCCUUGCAAGAUCUGUGGGGGCCGAUCGAGAAGCACCUCCUGGAGUGUGUGGCCAGAGGGGUGGUGGACCCUCAUGGGCAGGUGAGUGGUGAAGAGGACCAGGCUCUCUUGGGCCCAGCAGAGCCUAGCCUAGGGCCAGUGCUGCUGAGGACUCUUCUCCCCACUGUCCCUCAGCCUCCCUCUGGGGGCAAGCUACUCUUCAUAGAGAUCCAGCUCUGGUGAUGCUCUCCCAACUGGAAGCAAACCUGCAGAACCCUCCUCUGCUCCAGGACUGAAGCCUCCUUUACCAAAGCUGGCUCCUUCCCCUGGUUGGGCCACCACCUCAUCUGACUUGCCAUUGCCUUCUCCUCCUCCUCCUCCUUCCAGCUGGCCCAUGCCCUGGCAGAGCUCCUGCCUUCCUCGGUGGGCUCCCACGAGCUGCAAUCCUGGCGGGGUCUUGUGCCAGCCAUGGGGGUGGAGUUCCUGCGGGGCCUGUCAGAGUCUCAGGUAGGGGCUAUCCUCCCAGAGCUGCAAGCAGCACAGCUUAGCCGUGCCCAGGUGAGUCGUCCUGAGGGUAUGCUCUGCAUCUGCCGUGGGGGUGGGUGGGUGUUAGGCAAAUUUGAGCCAUUCCUCUCCAGAGUUGGGGGCAGCAGCAGCCUGUCUCAGGAGACAUCCUGCCUAGGUCAGUCCCACCAACUCCCUGUCAAGGGGAUGGGCUAGGGCUUCCACUUCCUUAUGCUCAGGCAGCUUCCUUAUUUGUUGGGAGUUUUUUUUAAGCCACCCUCUAAAUAUAAAUCGAUGGCUAUCAAUAAGAAAAAUUAGCAACAAUAAUUUUAAACUUACAAAAAGUUACAAUAGCAAAAAACCCCUGAAAGCAGAUUUAGGGGCGGAGCUAUACUCAUGCUUUAUAACAUUAAAAAUGUGUUAUUAAAAUGCGACACCAGAGGGCACUGCAGAGCAGCGAGCCACCAGCCAUGGGAAACUGCAUUAAAUGUUACAGAAUAUUACGUAUAUUUAAUAAUGUUUAAAAGAUCAAUGUAGAUCCAGCCUAAAACUCAAUCAAUUUUCUAAGCAUCUGGGUGGGCUUAUAUAAAUAAGAAUGUUUUUAGCAGGCACUGAAAAUAGUACAAGGAAAGAGUUCCAAAGUGGAGGUGCUGCCACACUAAGAGAUCCUUCUUCCCUUCAGGCUCUCCUGCUGCUCUCACAGGCCCUGCGGAUGGAGAAUGUGAGUAUCACCCCGAAGGUGAAGCUCAGAGGUGGAUGUGGAGGUCUGGGGCAGAGACCUCCUUGUUUGACCUGGUCCAGAUAGCAGGGACAGGUCAGCAGUUGGCAGGCCCACAGCUCUGAAGAUAGCAGACCCCAGCUUGGCUUGGAGAAUCUGCCACCUCACUAUUCUUCAGGAAAGAAGAGCUGAAAAGAACUAGUGAGAAAUAAAGUCUAGUCUGGGACGGGAGGAGUUCCCUGGGAAUCUUGCCUCUAUUAUAACCGUUUUGUAAAUCUGCAAGCUACAGACAUGCUUGUUCAAUCCAAAAUGGAAAGCAAAGCAUCUCCCUGUCUGCUGAUACUGUUGGGCAGAGGGAUCCAAAGCCCCACCAGUACCACCACCCCACCCCUUGGUUGCCAGUGAUGGGCUCUGUGGCCUCCCUCCCACCCUGCCUUCUGUCUCUGCAGGUGACGCUGAGUGGGGCUGAGCCUCUCUGCUCCCUCCUCGCUGGCCUGGGUCCCCAAUCUCUGGAGGUGGCGGUGGCUGCUGUCUUGGCCAGAGGCUGUGCAUGUGUGGGCCCCACUCUGCCCCAUCUCUCAGGAGCUCAAAAGGCAGGUCUGCUUCAAGCUCUGCAGGUAUCUGGCGAGGUCGACAGGGAUCCGGGUGGGGGUGGUGCCCUCGAAUGGCUUCAGCCACCCUAACCGCAUGUCCCCUUCUUGUGCCUGUCCCAGAGGUAUGGCCCGGAGUCCCCUGUCCUCAGUGCACACCUGGACUGCCUCCUGCCUGCUGUCCCUCUCAAGCUCCUGCAGGUGGACACCCAGGCCCUGCUGGGGAGGAGCAGCUGGCACCGGAAGGCACCUUGGUCCCCACAGCAGGUAUGGGAGAAGAGUGCUGGGCAGGGCGAUGGGAGGCCAAAGCAAAGGGCGUCGUUCACUCCCUGUGGUGUCUCCAUAGCUCAGGGGUAGAGCAUGCAGACAGCCAUAGGCUCAGCACCUACCAGCAUCUCCAGGGGAAGCUGGGAAUUGUUCCCUGGAGAGCUGCUGUCAGUCCAUGGUGACAAUGCUGACCUAGAUGGACCCACGGUCUGGCUUGGCACAAGGCAGCUUCCUAGCUUCUUUUUAUGUUCCUCUUUCUCAGGCCCAGUUCCUUUGGCAGAGCAUUGAAGCCAGUGCCAACAUGACGGGGGACCUGAUCUGGUGAGAGCCAACUCCCCUCCUUCUCCCCUCCUCUGUUAACGGGAUGACAUGGGUGGUGAUGGCUGAACUGUCUCCCCAUGGCAGGGGACUGGGACACCUGGCCAUGGGACUAUCCUGCACCGCUCUGCAGACCUUUGAAGCUGGGGCAGAUUUUCUGGCUGUUCUGGAAGCUCUCUACAGCCAAGACCUCCACCUGCCCUGGAGCCUGGUAAGAAGGCAUUGGGGAGAGGCCUACCCUGGAUGGAAGCAGGGAAUGGGCUCAGUGGGUGCAGAGCAAUGGGCCUGGGCACAUAAUGCCCCCCUCCUCAAUUAAUGUCAAGCUGUGCCUCUGCUUCCAGAAAGGAUGCAUCUGGGAGGAGAUCCAGAGGAGACCCAGCCUCUCUACUACGGAGUUGCUGGGGCUGGGACCCCAGUUCCUCAUGGACUUGCCGUAGGUGACCUGCUUCCCCACCCCGAGUGCCUGUCCUCCCUCCCACUCAACACACCCGGUUAGGUAGGUGGCAGCAAACCUCUCGUGCUGCCUCCUUGUGACCCAGGAUUUGAUGGGCAUCGGACCUCUUGGCUGCAUGGAAGCUCCCCCUAGUGGCUAAGAAAGGCAUCAAAGGUGCUGGGUUUGUUUUGGCGAGAGGAGAGAGAGCCAUAUUCAAAUAUCUGCCACUGAAAAGGCUUGCAGCCUUUCUCAACCUGUGGGUCCCCAGAUCUUACUGAACUACAACUCCCAUCACCCUUAGCUAACAAGGCCAGAGCUCAGGGAUGAUGGGAGUUGUAGUCCAACAACAUCUGGGGACCCACAGGUUGAGAACCGCUGCUAGAGGAACCUAUAGGAAGACCUUCCUGAGUCUUCAGGCUUUUCAGCAGUGCAGCAGGCUGCUGUAUUGACUGAGGUGGGGGGGCGUGUACGUUUCACCCCUUGAUUCUGUGCUACUGGGCCAGAUCCAGCACUCCUCCCUGCCUCCCCUGCCUUGCCUGGCCUGCUUCUUGCUGCUGAAGUGAGGUGUUCCUUCCUGGCCAGGACUCACCUGCUGGACAAGCUUCCUGGCAAGUCCUUCCUGCUGAUCUUGGACUAUGUAAGGAGCCACCCACACAACCUGUUGGUCUUGCCACCCCCUCGACGGGCCGCCCUCGCCCGGCACAGUUUGCAGGCACUACUGGUAAGGGGGAGAGGAGCAGCAACCAGUUUUGAGAGCCAGAGUGGCACAGCUGGAACCCAGUGCACUUCUCCACUUCCCCACCACCACCACCAGCUCUGCUGUGGGUUUAUUGGUUUGCUUGGGAUCUGUGAAAUGGGGACAAUAGUUAUAGUGUGAGGUCCAAAAUGAGCCAAUAACCGGAGGCUCAUCUGGGACACAUUCCAUCCUUUCCAGGUGCAGGAGGACCACAAGGAAGGGUGCAGGGAGGGAAAUUCCUUGAGGCAUUCUCCCCUCCAUCCCUCCCUCUCUCCCUAUGUCAAAAUGCAACAGUGAGCUCUGAUGGAGUGCUGUGUCUUCAGGCACCCUGUCCUUGGGCUCAGGGAUGGGGCGGCAGCAAAGUUACCCUUCCCAGGCCAAACUCCUUGCAGCACCACCACUCCUGGCUGGGACCAGUGGGAGCCACCCACCCACCUCCCUCCCCUCUGUAUUUCAGCAAAGGUCCCAAGGGGAGGCAGACAUCUCAGUGGAGAUAUUGAGCUUGCUUGGCCCUUUGGUGGGCUUCCUGGAGCCCGACAACCUGGUCCAUGCCAAUCCUGCAAAUCUGCUCCAGCACCUGGAUGAGCUACGGGAGACCUGCCUCGAUAAUGGUGUUGCGGAAGUGCUUGGGCAGCUGCUGAUGGCAGAUGGUGCUUUGGGGUGAGGAAGGUGCCUUUUUGGAGCCUGGCUGAGCUCAAGGCCUCGGCUUGCCUACAUGACCACCUCACUGUUUCACCACUACAGGGACCCAGGGCACUGGAGCCAGGUGGAGCUGGAGCAGCUGGGGCAUUUGGUGUUCAGGCUCCCUCCGGAGAGCACCCAGCGAAUCCCCCAGGUGAGGCAGGGUGAGGGUCUGUAUCCAUGUCUAUCUCCUGCGCUGGAGGGUCCUUCAGCAUUCUGUCUCACUGCCAAAUAGCUCUGAUUGCAAAGUGUGGCUGUGGUGUGUGUGUUCUCCCCACCCUCAUCCUCAUCCAGCAAUCAGCUGCAGACUGCCUCUGGACAUGGAGGCUCCACCUAGCAGCCACGGCUGACCUCCAGUGGCAUCCUCACCAGUGGUGGACCUAAUAAUAAUAACUACUACGUCUCAGUUUUUGAUUAAAAUUGCUGUCCUCGAUCAUCUCACACAUCAAAGUCAUUGGUGCAAAUAAAAUUUCCCUAUGCCUUAUCAUUUUCAAGUUCCUGCAACGGUUCACCUUUACAUCUGUGCUGUUGACUCUCAAAUUUUGGGAUUGUUGAAUUAUAUCCAACAAAAAUAAUAAUCAAUUUUAGUCAUGCAAAUUGGGUCUAAUACACCCAAAAUUGUUAAGCCAUGUGAACUAAAAUCACAUCUGGGGCCCCUCUGGGUUUAUGGGCCCUGAAGCUUAAGUUUCAUUAGUUUAUAGUAGAUCUGCCCCGAUCCCCACCCUCAGGACCUUUGCUCAUGCACUGCUUGGCAAGUAGUUCUUUAUAAGAAUUAUCACACGUUGCAUAUGUGAAAUGCAUAAUUUAUUUAUUUUUCUAAAAAAAGAAUGGUCAGACAUUGCAUGAAAGCACUUCCUAUUGUCUCAUCAUCUGAUUGCUUGGGGAGGGGGUGGGCUGAGGGGCUGAAGUGGGGAGAGGAGCCCCACAGAUGGGCUCUGCUGUGUCAGUGUGUCCCUGCCUCUCUGGCUUGCUUAGCUGUGAUUCCUGCAUUGCAGGGGGUUGGACUAGAUGAUCGCUGGAAUUCCUUCCAGCUCUACAGUUCUGUAAUUCUAUGACCUGCCUCUCCCAUCCUGUUCUGCUCCAGGCAGUGCUGAGCAAGGACCUUGUGGAGCAGCUGCUGCAGAGCCAGAAGCUGUGGGAGGAGAGUGAGCAGGGCCAGCUGUGUGACCCUCAAGGGCCAGGCGGGGGGCUGCAGGCCCAGAAAGAGGCCCUGGUGAGGAGGAGCCUGGAGGGCUCCCAGGAAGGUGAGCUUCUGUCUGAGGAGGUGCCCCUGAAGCACACUCAGGCCAAGGGGAGGGGUUAGGGACCCUCCCUGUCCUUUUGGGCUAACUCAUUGCCCACCCCCACCCCUGCCGGACUCCCUGUGCAGAACCUGUGCCCAGCUGCUCCGACAUCCGGGCCUCUUUCCCCUCGGCCUGGAGCGCCACCCAGAUCAGCGCGAUGGAGCUGGACCAGUUCCAUGACUGCCUGAGCCUCAUCAGUCAGGACCUCGCCCUCCGUCCAUAUCAGCGCCAGGCUGCUCUCAGCAAAGCCAAAGAGGUGAGUUCUCCACCAGACUGUAUUCUGACCCCAGAGGGUCCCAAGGCAGCGGGGGGGGGGGUGUAUUCAGCCAAGUCUGACUCAGAGCAGACCCUCCAAGUGUCCCUAUUUUCAAGGGACAGUCCCAGAUUCACAGAAGCUGUCCCUGUUUCUGAUUUGACCCCGGAAUGUCCUGUUUUUCCUUAAGACAUCCUUAUUUUCAUUGGAGAAAUGUUGGCGGGUACGUCAGAGUAGACCCAUUGGAAUGAAUGAACCUAAGUGAGUCUUGUCAAUUAACUUUAGUAGGUCCCUUCCAGCGUGUAGGCCAGGCCUUGAAAGCCACCCAGGGCCUUGGCUGAAGGCGGCUCCUGCCAUAAAUAGCCCACGGACACUUUGGGCCUCCCUCAGCCCCAAAGGGUUGGGUGGGGGGUUGCCAGGGGGCAGCCUGUCCAGCCUACAGGGAGGCCUUUCAUGCAGUUGGAUUAUGAAGCCCUCUUGUUCAGGAGUGGGACAUCCAUGAGCAGGUUUUGCUUUGGGGGGAGGGUGUCUCCAAGGUGUGAAGGAAGGGACCGUGGCUUAGGAGGGUCCCCCUGUGCUUGCAGGUUCUGGGGCCGACCUGGGCAAUGGGCGCAGUGGAGAUGCUGCAGUUGGGUUUCCUGGCCCUCCAACUGAGCGAAGAGGAGCUACAGGAGCUGGAGAUUCCUGACUGGGGAGCCUUGUCAGUGCUGGGGGGCCUGGAAGGCUGGACAGAGAGGCAGGUGAGGGGCUCUUCAUUUUCCUGGCUCACCCACUGCAUACCUCCCAAGUGUCCUGAUUUUCCAGGCAAAGCCCCGGAAUUACGAAAGCCAUCCCAGCUUCUGAUUUGAUCCAUGGACACAACUGUGUCCCUGUGGCCAGGUUGAGCUUCAGAGGCAACAUGCCACCUUUCAUCCCCUUUUGUGAUCUCAGGCCUUCUGAGGCAGCCUGGGCAGAAGCUGCCAGCCAGCCAGCCACAGCCUGGGUGUCUGGCCACAGUCCUGAUGGGGCCUCCCCAUUGUCUCUCUGCACACCCAGAUGCAGGCUGUGGUUGGCAGCCUCCUUGCAAAGCAGCACAAGGUGAGCGCGGAAAAUCUGGCACUGCUGGACUUGGUGUCUCUCGGGCACCUCCUCUGUGGGCUGCAGGUGGCGGAGAUCAGGCAGCUCAACAGCCAGGAAUUCAGGUAGGGAGGCUGGAAGGCACAGGGAUUGGCAGAGGGCCUGGGAGCCCUCUAACCUUGGAGGGGUUGCUGCUCCCAGCCUUCUACGGUUGCAGGCAGGACACACGCACACCCAGUUUCCAGUUUCUGUUUUGGUGCAGAGGCCUCCACCUCCCUCCCUGCACCCCAGCUACAGCCCUCUUCCUUCCCCACAGCAAAGCAGCCUCCUUCCUGGGGUUGCUCCAUCUCAGCUGCUCUGAGGAGAAACUGGAAGCCCUGGCCUGGCUCCUGGUCACCCCCGCUGCCUUUGGGCCUGUCGCCAUGUGGGGCCCAGGGAUUUUCACAGAGAUUGGGACGCUGGCAGGUCGGUGGCUGUGUGGUGGAGGGAGUCCUUGCUUCUGUCUUGCUUUCGGGGCAACACACCCUGGGUGGGCACCACCGACCUCUUUCUCUCCUUCCCAGCGGGGCUGCCAGACAUCGUCCUCUCGUCCCUCGUCCCAGAGCAGCUUCGGGCUCUGACCCCAGAGGCAGUUGCCUUGAUCCCCGCCCCCAAAUUUGCAGUGAGUGCCUUGUUGUCCUGGGGGUCUGGGAUGGGGAGGGGGAAGCCUGGGGCGGGCCUCUCAGCUGGGGCUCUAAAUGUGGGCCAGGCAGGGGCUGCCCCUCCAGUGCUGGGCCCAGCGGAAACGGGUGGGGGGUGGAGCAUCAUCCCACUUGCGCUGGCAGCUCCUGGUGGGUUCUGCCUCGCCUUUCUCUGCUCCCCCUCAGGUGGUGUUCAGCCCAGCCCAGCUGCUCAGUCUGACAAGCCCCCAGGCAUCGGCUGUGACAGCCCAGCAGUAUGGACUCCUCAGUCCUAAGCAAAAAUGGGCCCUGGAGCUGGCGCAGUGCGAAGGGGAGCCCUGCCAGGACUACAGGAGUAUGUGCCCACCCCUGCCUUGA